UUACACACACGCACAUGCCAGAGAGAGAGAGAGAGAGAGAGAGGGAGAGAGAGAGAGCUGUACAGAAGAAAAAAGGCAAAGAGAGGUAACAAGUUUGGGUCCCCCUCUCUCUAUAGACACACGUGAAGAUAGCAGUCUACAGACCAGAGGGUUUACAGUGACAAGAAUUGUAGACAGACACAAGGGCUUCUAUUCUAAGCAGCUUUUAUUUCUGUCGCUGCUGUGUGGGGAAAUAACAAAGCAGUUACCCUGAAUAGCUAGGCGAAACACAGUGAUAGUGAGCAAAGAACAACUGCAGGAAAAGAGCCCUUUGAAAGCCUUGUGAGAUUUACAGGAACUCUGCUAAUCACAGCGUGGAUGCAUACUGGAGCGUGUGUCUGUACUGGGCACAUAGCCACAUCAUUCUCUAUCCAAAUCUACAGCUGUGUCUUGCAUUGGACUUGAGGUUGAAGCAGAAGUUACAGCCUAAGAACUGGUACCACUUUAAUUGGAAUAAUAUUUAUUCUGGAGCCAAGAAAUUACAUGCAUAAAUACAUUGGAAAACAUACAAGGGACGGCUGAUUUUUUUUUUUUUUUCGUUUUCUGACAACUGUGAGGUCUUGACAGUAAUCUGAGACAAGUGGUGAAAGAAAAAACAACAUCUCAUAUUGUCACCUUAUUUACUGUGAGGUCUGACCUAGGGGUGAUUGAACAUGCUUUCCAAAAUUAGGCCUGUAGUAACCAGUGCUACUGGCCUGUGCAGUGAGCCAAAGAUGGAGAGUUGAGGACAGCUCAUUUGUUUUGAGGGUGGAGAGGAACAUGCCAAAAUGUUUGUGUUGUUUAUACAAAUAUAGCAGUACAAGGUGCCUGUCAUUAUGCACUGAAUUAUUUAUAUAAAAAGUAAAUAAAUAAACUGGUGGGUCUAUAUAGGAAAAAAAAUCAAAGUUUAACAUUUACUUGAUUGGCGGUAUGCAAAAGUAUGACAUUUUUAAUUUGCUAAUCCUGACAUUUAGUGACAGAAUAGUGGUGUGUGCCUUUUGUGAUAAUGAAGUCUGCUUUCAUUUUUUGUGUUUACUGAGAUUACCCUUCUUAACAGGCAGUUGAUUUCUUUUUAACAAGCCUGUCACAUAAUUCAGAAACCACACAGCUGUCAGAAGUUAGCCCUUUGUGUUUCUUUCCAAAUAAAUUGUUUCUGAUUUUUCAAGGUUUGUUUAGAUUGAUUUCGUUUUUAUCACGUUCCUUUUUAGAGGAGGAGGGGGUUGAAAGUUCAGAAUUCUUGCCAUCUACUUUUUUUGCCUCUUGUUUCAUUUUUAGUGUUCCCCGGUGCUUGUGCAGACUAAACCCCUUUGGAAUUUCUUACGUUAACACCCAGGCUAUAGACACACACACACACACACACACACACACACACACACACACACACACACACACACACACACACACACACAUAGCCUAGGUAUUUUAUAUCCCUCUGGGGCCUUUGGAACAACUGUUUGGGGUAUUUCUGUGAACAUCCUGUGUCAAGCCUGUUGUCAUAACACUGCACAGCAACGUGGUACAUGCCAGAAAGGGUCCUAAAUGCACUUGUCGAUAAAUGUUUUUUUUUUUCUCUGAUAGUGGAACUCCAUAAGCCAUUCCACAUACUGGAUUCAUCUUCUUAAAAAAGCAAAAGAAAAUAGGUUUAGGACACUAUCUUUUCAUAUAGCUUAUACCCCAAAGCACUUUAUAAUCGAAGCAGAGACUAUGGUCACUGCACUCAGUGCAAACAGAAAUAAACAAGAGAGAAGCUACUGGUAGGCACUGGGAGGUUAGGUAAGGUGCUCAGGGUCACACAGGAGUGACUGACAAUUGUUAAAUUCAGAUUCACUUUCUCAGAAUCAUCUAUCACAGCGAUCAGGCAGAACGCUACAGAAGUAUAAAGCACUGGUUAAAAGACAGCAGCACUUUAUGUGGAUUUUUAACAAAGAACUAACAUUUUUUAUGAAAGAACAAAAUCAAAAACUGAGAGGAUACCACAGAGUGCAAGCACACUUUUAAGAAGAUCAGUCACAUCCUUUGACUAUACAUUUUUCUCAUUGUUUGGUUAGCCCAGUGGACAUCUCCUCUGACCAGUUGAAGGAUGUGUUGGUUCCAAACUAUGGCCCUGCUACUACAAGCUUUUCUACAGAUUUCACUGGCCCUACAAAAACAAGAGCUUUCAGAAUGUUUCAAGGUGAACGGAGCAGAUUACCGUGGAACGCAGAACCAAACUUCAGUGGUGAAUGGGAAGCCAUGUUUGUUCUGGAACCAGACGCAUCAACAUGCUUACAACACAGCCAAGUAUCCCAACGGCGAGUGGGGACUGGGCAACCACAACUACUGCAGGAACCCAGAUGGUGAUGUCCAGCCAUGGUGCUACGUCUCUGAGAUUGAGGACGGCAUUUACUGGAAGUACUGCGAUAUACCCACAUGCCACAUGCCAGGAUACCUGGGCUGCUUCUUGGAUUCAGGGAACCCCCCAGCAUUGAGCGGAAAUAGUGGCACAUCCACCAAGCUCACUGUACAGGUCUGCCUCCGAUUCUGUCGCAAAAAGGGUUACAAGUAUGCAGGGGUUGAAGCAGGCUAUGCCUGUUUCUGUGGCCAAGAUAUUGACAUGAGUAAGAAUGAACAAGUUGGCACUGUGGAAUGUGACCAGGUCUGCUUUGGCAAAUCCAGUGAACUCUGUGGUGGAGAUGGGAGAAUUGGUAUCUACGAUGUAUCUGUGGGUGCAUGUGAGGGGAACAUGACAGAUUCGAGUGGAGUCAUCUACUCACCAGAUUUUCCUGAUGAGUACGGACCCGAUAGUAACUGCUCAUGGAACAUAUACCUUCCUUCAUUUUCCACUAUUGAGGUUGAUUUUAAACUGUUUGAAAUUCGAGACCGUAAUGACCGGCUGGAGCUGAGGGAUGGCCGUACUCACCAAUUACUGGCGCACUUCAAUGGUCAUCAGAAACCAGAAAUCUUCAUGGUCUUUCCCACUAAUUACUUAAUCCUGACAUUCCAGUCAGAUCAGAUCCUCCAUGCUCAGGGAUUUGCACUCUUCUAUCAAGGACUAAAGGACAACUCCAGUGAGGAAGAGGAUGGCAUUUACCCCAGUAAUAGUGUCUCGCAGCCCCCAACCACAACAGAUGAACAUAUUAACGGCAGCGUAUCAUCUCUGGCUGCGGUGUCGCCUACAAGUACAGGAGCCUGGGUGAUGUAUACCGCAACGGCGAUCACUAUCAUCCUUCUCAUCAUUGCACUUUACUACCUGCGCAGAAGGACCUGCCUGUUUGCACAGAAGAAAAGUGCAGCGGAAGGGCUGAUCAUAAAGAACCAGAAAGAUCGUUGUCAUUGCACAAGCCGGGAUGCUUGGUCUGUGGCCUACAGGCACACAAAAGUGGUGAUCUGCAGCAACGGGAAGGGUGAUGACAGCUGUUCUGAUUGUUCCUGCCUCUGUGAGAGCUAUAACAACCUAUCUGUCACAAACCAGUCCUCACUCAAAUCUCUCAUCUCCACCAGCUAAACCUCAGGGUGGUGGGGUGCCCGGAAGGCAGCCUCUGUAGCAUAUUUGGAGAUGGCAGUGCAUAGGUGAACCAUGGCAUUCAUACCAAAUCAGAGAAUAUCAUUUAUCUUUAAAGCCAUCAUCAUCUUCAUCUUCUCCGUCAGAAAAUGGAUGCUCUCAAUUCGGUGGCACAGCCUCGACUUCUCGGGGCCAAUCAGCUCCAGAGGGGCAGAAACAGCAGAUGCUGGCAAAAUAACAAGGACCGCCACGAUUUAGCAAAAAGUGGAACAGCCCUCUAGGAAUCUGAUGCCAAAGACCUGUCUCAGUUUUAUAAAAAGAGAAAAUGAGGCAAUACCAAAAUAAUUGUCUCAAUUCUUUUUAGGGGGAAAUAGGACAUCUGGGUGUCAUGACAGAAAUAUCUUAAUUUAUUAAAAGUACUAAAUAUCCCUGGAGUUACAGGAAAAAAAAAUACUCUUGGACUAACAGAAAGAUUAUUCACGAACUCUGCCCACCUCAAAAUGGACCAGUGCAAGCUGGCAGCUUGAACAUUAUCAGGAAAUUAUUUAAAACAAAUACUUUGAGGAAAAGAUAAACUUGGGACUUGUUUUUUUUUAAACUAAUACUUUAUGGGCACUUGGGAUACCAGAACUUAAAAAUGUCAGGGUUUUUACAAGCCUACAGUCACGCUGCUAUGGUAUAGUGUUUGUAUGUGUGUGUGUGUGAAUGUUUCUUUGUGUGUUUGUUUGAUGAUGUGUUUGUGAGAGUGCAAGUGGAAGGAAGCCAACAGACAAUGGAAUGUAAACAGUUGCAAAACUCAGAAUUUCUUUAAAAAAGCUGAAGAAGCUUUGUGUAGUGUUGCUUUGGGUCUGAUGCGAAAUGCCAAAUGACUGCAGGUACACAUAGUGGGAAGAGCUUCUUAAGCCAUACUUCAAAUUGUCUGAAUUUUCCUGAGGACUAAUUACAUCAGCUUUGUGAAGAUGCAUGUAAGAUUGCAGUGUAACCUACAUUCUUGGGUCUUUUUUGCCACAGGUUUGGAUCUGUCCCAGAAAUUGAGGACUACGUAUGACUGGCUUUUGAGCUGACUUGUUGCUGUCCUGCAGUGUCCUUUGCUGGUCAUUUCUUUUUAGCAAAGUCAGAUUGUUUUCGUGUGGUCUCACCUUCUUUCUUUUCAGUUUUUCUAACAAAUCAGUCUUCAUCAUUCUCUUUGCUUUUUUGUUUGUGGUUUAUAUAUUUUCUUUGUUUCUUUUUUCUGUCUGAAGUUGGGCUCAGUCCUCAAGUUCCCUGCAGCACCUCCCUCUCUCAAAUCCCUUAGGACUUAUUUUAGAUGUUGUCCUCAGACUGUCAUCGCGGUUUUGUUACUGCUGCCUAUAUAGAUGGUUAACCUCCUACCUGGAACAUUUAUAUUCCAUUGCUUUGUGCUGAGAAACAAUGCACACACAUAUAUGGCUUACAGCACUCUGUUUAAUGUCCUACUGUCUGUUCAGUGACAGCACUUGUCUCCAGGGAAAGUUUGUCUAGAAGUUCAGUGCACAGGGCUUAAGACUAUGAGCUGAUAAUGAUCUUUAUCCUGUGGUUUUGUGUUUGAUUCUGUCAGUCUCUACUUCACCAUUGUGCAGUUCUUAGCAAGUCACUUAAAUGGUGCUCCUGGGGUCACACUUGGUGUCCUUUAUACUUAAAAAAAAGAAAAAAAAAUCUUCCAAACUCCCAAUGCUUGACAAUGUGUCAUUUGUUUCUGUUUUGAGUGUCGCUAGAAAUAUGGGUUUAGUUACUCCUUCCCUGAAACAGUCUGUCACAUAGAAAGUGAAUGAUUCUACUCUUGGUGGGAUUUGCAGCAUCUGCUGUGACCUCAGAGACCCCCUAACUCAGAAGUAUGAAGUAGGAUAUUGUUUUUUUUUAAUACAUUAAGUGGUGCUGUUAAAUAGUAAUAACAGUGCAAACAAAAGGAGAAAAGCACAUUGAAACUAUAAAGUAAAAACAGACCAUCGACCUUGGCUAACACUUGACCAGACAUUGAAAAACUCAAAACAUUCAUCCAAAAUUCAGCAAGCCAGACUGAACUAGACCAAUUCUCUUAUUGCAGUGCUGUGGAUGACGUGGGGGGGGGGGGAUAAGUCUCAGUACAGACAUACCUUGAUUAAUCAUAGACAUUGCAUGUUCUGACAUGCAUUUUGUAUUUAUUGCAAUGAUCAGAUGACUAAUUCACUGUGAAUGAAGCCGGUGGAGUCUGUUUAUGAGGCGUAGCAGCAAUCAUACCAUGGAUCACAAAGCUACGCUCUGGAGUUUCCCAGAACUCUGUUACCUAGCAUUUGUUGUGUGUCUGGGACCUAUGCUUAUGAGGUGGUUCAAAGUGUUAGGCUUUUCUUGUAACUUUUACUUCUCUUUCCAAGAACUGUUGUGUAAUAUUACCUUCACUACUGCAGUGUAAACCUCGGCCUUGAUUUAGAAGGAAAAGAUGGCAUUUUUCAACUAACUGGAGCCAAAGUGACAAUUUUCCAGCUUAUAAAGCAGAUAUGAAAAAUGAUGCUUUAAGUAUAAUUCUUUUUUCUGUAAACCAUUUCGCCAUUCUGUAAAAAUAAAUAAACAGACAAACAAAAAAGGCUGUUGAAGUAAGGAUAUGGAGUCCUAAAAAUGGUGUCCCUCCCCAUUCACUGCUCAUUGGCUACUUAGAGAAUAAGGCAACAAAAGGCAUAGUAGGUUUAGAGCACUUUACCCCCCCCCCCCCCCCGGAUAUUCCAUUCUUCAUCAUGCGAUGAUUAAAAGUAGUAUAUGAUAUAUUCUGAAUGAUGAUGCGCCCAUAUAUUUGAUUCUAAUUUUGGGUAAUAAAACCUACAAAGAUUCUGCCAAUGUGGUAGUCAAUGACUGAAAUGUCAAUCAUUUAUCUGGUUGAUUUCAUUAAGUUGACCGUUUUAGAAGUCCGUGAUAUUUCUCACUGCAAGAUCACAUAACAUCCAGAAAGGGGCAUGACUUUUUUUCCUUAACAGUGUGUGACUUUGGAUUUAGUAUAAUUAAGUAAGGUGGGAUGCAGGGUGUAGGGGAGUGCCUUUAUG